CAUCAGCCGGAGAGGAAAGAGGAUGAGGAAGUGGCUGGAGCAGGACUGCACUUUGAGAUGUAGCGACCCACACACCAAUGCACCAGCAGCUGUCAGGAGAUUACUAGCUAGGCAGCUAGAUAAUAGUAAUAUUUGACAAUGCGAUGGGUAACUGCUGGGCAUACUGUGUCGGGCUCUUCAGGAGAGAAGCCAACAGGAUCCAGAGAGGAGGCGGGUCAAAAUACUUCAGAAGCAGUACCACAGGGGAACAUUAUACAAUAGAGUUUGAAAAUCUGGUAGAGAGUGAUGAGGCUGAGAGCCCACAGCCCUGCCCGAGGCCCAUCAGUGAAGAUGAGAUCAAACACCUCAAAGAGCACCACUACACUGCGAUCUCAGACAAGCAGAUCCUGAUAGACCAGAAGCUACAAGUGGAGUUAGAGGAACAAGAGGAGAAGUUGAGGCUAGAAGAGGAGGCUAGAAAUGCCGCCCAGCGCGAGGCCGCCAGGUUGGCACGUGAACGAAAAAUGAAGGAGCAGCUGUCUGCCCAGAGGACACGGGGGAAAGCAGAUGGCUCCGGCGGUGAAACUCAGCAAAGAAAACAAGCCUCUGGAGAGGAUUUUGACGUCUACCUCCAAAAUGUAAAAGCCCAGUCAGAAGCUUUCAGGGGCAACAGACUGCCAUCUGACACCAACGUGGUGACUCCCAACACAGAGUGCAGCUGGGACUUCACCACCAAGACCCGCUCGACCAAUGAUGACGGGACCUCACUGGAUCUAGAGUGGGAAGAUGAGGAAGGAAUCAAUCGUGCACUUCCAGCCUGGGAGAGGUCUCGGACGGAGGAGGACAUCCUGCGCGCAGCCCUGAGGCCCGGGAGCAAGCAGAUGAACAGCGGGCCGACCUCAGCCUCCGAGGACUCCAAUGCACUGGAGUGGGAGAAUGAUUUUGUGAGUACUCUUCCAGAGGACAGCGCAGAUGCUGAGUUUGAAGGAUUUGUCAAUCCUGUCCUAGACACUCCCUCUGAGGACGCCUCGGACCAUGGCCUCAGGUUGGACAACCAGGACAGAUAGUGUCCGGCACCAAAGGAGACAUUUGUUGUGUCCUCUUCAUGUCAGAGCUCACCAGCUUUUUGUCUCAUGAAAUGGAAAACUUCUGAACAAACGCUUCACAUUUGUAAUAUGAGACUCUAAUGCUGCGGGAAUAUGUUGUGUAUCUCUACACUACAGAACAGAACAGCGUAGUGGUGUUUUUAUCAAAUUCUCAUUAUUUCAGUGCCUUCAUUUGCCGACCAUUUCUGCAUUGUAACUCAAACUGAUCACUUAGCAUCCAUUAGCAUUUGUCACAGGGGAUACAUACAGAAAAUGCCAAGUUACUCUGAAGUGAAGCUUUAUUGCGAGAGCAGAUGGCUGCUUCAGGAGCGGUGUGUUUGGGAGAGGGGGGUCAUGGAGUUUAACUUAUUAUGUUGUACUUUUUAAAUCUCAGCAUGGAAAUUUGUCCUCUGCAUUUGACCUUAACUAUAAAUUUAUCAGCAGCAAACAGUCACUGUGCAGUGUCCGGGGACCAACUGCAGUUCUGAGGCCAGUGUUUUGGUCAGUGGUAAUGCCAAGAGUAUUCCAGCAUGUGUUCUGAUGCGUGAGAAAACCCACACACACACACACACACACACACACACACACACACACACACACACACACACACAGAAAAACAUCAACAAACUACAGAACAAGUCCUCACUCAGCUCUCAGUCUAUCGCCUUAGUUUCAGCUCUGCACUUCAGUUUUACAAAGCUGUUGCAUGAUGGCAAAAAAGAAACUGAAUUCCAUACAGAGGUUUCUGUUUAAAAAAAAAAAAAAAGGUAAAAUAUUAGACUAAACCAUUCGGAUUAAUCUGUAAUAAUCCAUAGACAUGGGAUUGUUUCCUGUCUCCAGUUGCUCGGAGAGGUGAUGAGCUGUUAUUACCAUCUGACACAUGGAUUGAUGGCACAAACUAAUUUCAAUCCUACUUCUGUAUCAUUUUGCUCACUGUCUGAAUGACAGUGAUCACCUGGGUGUGCAGCAUGUCAUCAAAGCAGCAGUGCCCUCUGAUAAGGCAUGGAUUUUGUGAUUGACUGGCAGUGCAUGCACUCUGAUGAGAAAGCAGUAAUCAGUGCAGUGACCCUGCAGUAUAUUGCCAAUACGGGAACUAUCAAAUGCAAAUCUGCGUAACUGUAAUGAGUAUUUUCUUAUAUUUUAAUAGAUCAACAACUAGGCGACAUUCAUUUGCUUUCAAAAAGGCUUUCAUAUCUGAUUAAAUGCUUGGGGCUAAGUGCCUGUUUCUACAUGGUGUUUUUUUCUCUAUUGCCAGUGUCUGUUUUUUCAGUUGUUCCCAACAAGGAGAGUGUAUGCGGCUGCCUGCACUUAGGCUUUUUUUUGUGUGGCCGUGCGCUUCUGCUUCAAAAUCUCUUGUGUACCUUCAUGGUAAAUCCCAAGCUGUCAUCCACAAACUAUCGCAACAAAGACAGAAAAGCCCAUUUGUGGACGCGGAUCGGCCCGACACUGAAUGUUGCUGGAGAGUGCUGUGCUUUUAUUUCGAUAAGCUUGUCUUAAACUGUGUAGUCAACCCUCCGUUAACAUAGCAUCACGUUAGCGACCUAGCUAACAUUAAUGUCAAGAUAUUGUUGUCAUAGAAACAAAAUUCAUGUGUAGUGCGUCAUUUAAAAAUGCGUCGGGAUGAAGUGCUCCCCAGCGCCCUGCCACUGCUUUUCUGCCAAAAAGAGACAAACUGCACACACACACACCAAACUCAAAACACACAAAAAAAUCGUAUCAAUCAUUGGCAUAUUUCAUAUCAAAAGAUAUAAUGCAAUUUCAAAUAGUUGAAAAGCCUGGCUAUUUACGAUUGUUUGUUGUUCACUUAAAAAUAUCUCUGUCCUAUCUGUCCAAUGAUGAUGCAAUAAUAAUAAUUAUUUCUUAACAAAAUACAAGUUGAUGUGCUUCCAGUAUGUUGAGGUGCCAUUUAAAAAGCAUAUUCUCAUGAUUACCAGGAUAAUAUCGUAAAUUGCGGUUAUUUUGGCCAGGAUAACAGUGGCAUUAAAAUUUUUAUUUUGUCUCAUGCCCAUCUGACAACAAGACACCUUUUAUAAAAUGACACAGUCAAGCACAUACAAUGACUCCUCAUGAUAUGUCCUGUUGGCCAUCGCAGGCAGCUGCGUUUCAAACUGCCGUUUUUCUUCUUUUUUUGACACUUUGAUUUUAUUAGACAGUCUUUUUUACAUCAUAGACAAUAGCACAGAACAGUAACAUCAUUGCCAGGCACCAUGACAUCCACAUAUGACAUGGGUUAUUAAAGACAGCUGAUCUUUAUGCAUCUCUAAAUAAUUAGCAUAGCCACAAUAGGCAAAGCAUACAGCAAACCACAAGGCACUUUCCUUAUUCCAACAAAUUAUUAUCUAAACUGGCCUCUUUCAAAGGUGGGCAGCUUCUCAUCAAGUUGUUCUCUGGUUCAUUGUCAUAACCAGGUUUCUGAAAACAGCCUGGAAUGCACGGAACAAUUGGGAAAUUGAAAAAGUCCUUGCGUUUAAGAAGCUGCUGUAAGCAAUAUUUUGGCUGCUAUCCUCAACCAAAAUGUUAAACGUCACAAACCCAAACAGCUGGGGCAAAGCUAAAUUAUUAAACCGUUGAUGUUAAUUGCUCUAAAAUAUGGGGUAGAACAAUUGCAGAAUAUACAACAUAGGUGGAACGUAUCAGGGGACAAUCUUCAUUAAAGGGAUAGUGCACCCAAAAAUGAAAAUUCAGCCAUUAUCUACUCACCCAUAUGCCGAUGGAGGCCGUGGUGAAGUUUUAGAGUCCUCACAUCCCUUGCGGAGAUCAGCGGGGGGAGCGGCUAGCACACCUAAUGGCAGACGGCGCCCCAGACUUCGUUUUUGGGUUUUGGGUGCACUAUCCCUUUAAACACAAGUGCUGAUUUCUGAUUGGUUGCUGACAGCUGGUGUCCAGCAGGAGACAAUUCAGUUUAUAGUGCAAUGACUUUUUAUUUAAUCUGAUAUGAAAUCCAAACCUGUCACUCUGAACUAAAAACAUUCAUGAAUCAUAAUCUGAUUGUUUUUCACUGCUUAUAAUGAAAGCAAUAUUUUGUGGAGAUCGUGCGAGUCUGGAUGAAAAAAGGUUAACAAACAUGCAAACAUGACUCUGUGGUGUAAACUUAGUCAUGUCCCUACAUAGAUCCAAUGCUGCUCUCCCAGUGACUCUGCUGUAUACAUUCUUCUACUUCUUGUGCUUUUUAUAUCCUGAUGUUUUGACCCAUCACAUAGUGGGGAGAGUGUUUCAUGUUGAUUACUGAAUCUGUUUAAAUCAAAAGUAGUUCACUGAUUGCACUCUAGUGUGUGGAUUUUUAAUUUGGUGUUCACAGCUUAGAAGACAUUCACUGAAAUGACUUACACGUGUGAAGGGGAAAUUGAUGUGAGAAAUGUGCACUGCUGUUGAAGUGUGUAGACGAGACACGAGGUGAUUUGCAGACAUUUUUACUUUUUAAUAUUUGAGUGUGUGAUUUCAAAAAAUUUUUGUUUUGAACACAUUUCAAUAUUAUGUUUUGCUGUGAUUAUAUGAUCUCUGAUUAAUCACUGUAACUCCCUGUAUAAAACUGUAGCUUAACAUUCCUUGUUACACUGAGCCUGAGAGAAAAAAAAUAAAAUACAAAGAAAAGUUUUGGGCAUCACAUACAGUCACUAUCAUGACCAAGUGUGUAAGGGGUAUUGAGGACAGCUGGGAUUGAUAGUGUUUUAUAACAGAAACAUCACCUAAAUCUAUAUCUUGUUAGCUCUUGCUGAAAGUACAUUUUUUAUGUGACUAAUUAUUUUCAAGGCGAUUUCACACUGGCAAAAUGUUUGACUGUUUGUAGUGCACACACAUGAAGUGCAAGACUUAAGGGUGACAAAACAAAGUAAUUGGUGACUUUAGAGAAUCAUAGGCAGCACCUAAACUACAACAGAACACUAAUUACAAAUCUGCAAAACAAAUUUAAAAAGUAGAUCUAAACUCUACAAGAGCUUUUGAUGUUCUACGAAGUUGAAAUAUCACUUUAACAAGUGUAUUAAAGGAACUCCUGUUAUUUUAAUUUCAUGAAGAAAACUGUUUUUCACAUGCCUCCAUGAUGAACAAUGAGUGCAAAAAUGUCGAACAGUCUUCAUGACUUGAGGUCAUUGGGGUCCGCAUUUAACAACAACAGCACAACUAUAUCAAAAUAUGUUUACAGACUCUCUCACAACUUGUGCAGUAUAAUCCUUGUGACAUUUAUCCAGUCAGUUGUUUAGUUAUUCCCAGACACAUGCAUUAGCGCUAAAACUUUACGAUUUACGUGUCAGCAGUAUCACAUAACACGUUACCACCCGACAUUAUCUGCUGUGACACAACAUGACCCUCAUCAUUUUAAAAUGCCUACUCAUUCUUCUGAGGUCAUUUUGGUGAAAGCAACACAAAUGUAGUGUAAUAAGUAACUUAAUACUCUACACAGAGAGUGGUAUUGGGAAGUAACUUAUUACUUUCACCUUAAGGUAACUAGUAAUAUGUAAUAUAUUACAUUUUGAGAGUAACUUACCCAACACUGCAUGUCAGAACAAACAGUCUCACAUUGCAUGCAUUUGAACUUGUAGGCAUGUUAUAUUGUAACAAUUAGCAGCAAAAUUAUGUUUGGGAAGUACUGAUUGGACUACUUCAAUUCAUGAAGAAUAUUUGCCUUUUUCAAUUCUUUGUUCACAACAGGCAUGCAUGAAAAACAAAGUUUUCUUCACAAAUUCAAGGUACCGUGGGGUGAGUAAUUGAUAUACAAAUGGUCGUUUUGCUGAUAUUCUUUUAUAUAGGGUAGUAUUACUGUAUAUGGAUGUCUUACAAGACAAGAGAUGGGGCUGCCUUUAAAGGGGAAGUGCACCCAUUUUUGAAAUUCCUACUAGUUAUUAUUAUGGUUUAAGGCAGUCCAAAGAUAUUAGUGAACAUGAACAACUCUCCCAAAUCCAGGAGCUAGAGUGCUAAAAUUAAGGCUUGUGAUGUCAUCAGAUAACAGUGUGGAGCUGCUCCAUGAACAAUGAAUGCUGAAAGAUGUUCUAGAUGACACUGACAGCACUCAGGUGAAUGUUCUUAGUAUAUGGGUACAUUUUCUGCUUCAUUACUGAGAUCACUACAAUAGGUUAAAGCUCAUUUGCUUGUAAAAAGGCAGACAAACAUUCUGUGGGUCCACAAAAUCAGUCUCCUAUUCAUUGCCUAUGGAGCAGCUCCAGACUUUAUACUUGAUGACAUCACAAGUUUGAGACUUACUUCUUUGGUUUCUGGCUUUGAGAGAGGGCAGCUCAUGUUCACAAAUAUGGAUUGAACAUUUCUACACCCUUGAAAUAAUAUAUUGGAAUUCAUAAUUUAGGUGGUCUUUCCCUUUAAGUUUUACAUUGCACUGUGUUUCUUUAAUCGUGUUGCAUUGCAGCUAAAUUGGUUGAGUCCCUUCUUAGAAAUCCUACUGUUUGGUCAAAAAUAUAGCUAUUUGAUUUGUUCCAUAUUGCCCAGCCCUAACUGGUACUAGUAUCAUAGCAUCAUGAUUUUUGCUCAUUUAUGCCAUUCACAAAAUCAUGACUCGGUCACUAACAAACAACCAAGAAACCUCCUCAAUCUCUGCUGAAUGUAUUCCUCUCUGUGAGGGCAGUAUACUGCGCAACUGAAAUUGAGUUUUGGCGGGAAAAGCAUGUUAUUUGAUGCCUUCAAGUAAAUAAAAUGGAGUAACGAUGCAAAGAAUAAAUGGAAGAAACUAGCACACAUCACACAGGUCACAGUUCAUGCAGCACUGACUCAUGUUAACAACAUACAACCAGCAUUAAAAUGAAUGUUUCUUGUUAAAGCUUUUAUACUCCUAGCAGAGCACUGUAGGUCAUCCACAGUGGUCCUAUGUCUGACCUGGGUUUGGAAGUGUUGCGAGUUGCUUCAAGAUGCAGGAACGGGCUGCUGAGAAUCUGUAACUAAAUGUCCUUUUUGCUGCUCCGUGUUUAAAAUACAGCGGUGAUUCAACCUCCUGACAGUUCAUGAUCGAGAUGUUACUCACCGGCUGUUCUGAACACUCUGUGCCUGGUGAAGCUUUGCUGUAAAACAUCCAUUGCGAACAGGAAGUGAUGCAUGCAAGACAAGAGUGGCACAUAAAAAUACUCAAACUGCAUAUAGAUUUAAUACUUUUUAUUUCAGUUGUGUCUGCUAUCACCCACUGACACUGUGUAUGAUGACCAGUCAGUCAAACCAGGUGAUCUUUGUAAUGUGGAGUGAGUAAAUAAAACUCUGAGGAGGAUGGCUUGGCAACAAAAAUGGCAACCUUGAAUAUCGUCAAACCUGCCAAGUGUGUAUGAUGAUGUGGUUAUUAAUUCAGAGGGGCUGCAACGCUAAAUAAUACUGACCAUAUUAAUGCAACAACUGGAAAAACAAAUAGGAAUGUGAUAACUUAAGUUGUUAAAUUAUUUAAUAUGUUUAAUUAGUUACAGUAAGUGAGGACAUUUAUGAACCAGUUAAUGCACCAAUGUCAUGUUGUUUACCACUGUGCACUAAGUUGUGGAGCUGUUUAAAGGGACAGUUCGCCUCAAAAUCAAAAGUACACAGUUUUCAUCUCACCUGUAGAGCUACUUAUCGGUCUAGAUUUUUUUGGUGUGAGUUGCUGAGUUUUGGAGAUAUUGGCCGUAUAGAUGUCUGCCUUCUCUCCAGUAUAAUGGAACUAGAUGGCACUUGGCUUGUGGAGCUCAAAGCACACAACAAAAUAAAUAAAUAAAUACAUUUAAAAACUCAACAGCGAUGUCUCUUUUCAGAAGUCAUGACCCAGUUACUCAAUAUAAUCCACAGACCCUGUUGUGAGCAGUUUCAUGUUGGAACUAUUUUCUUUCUACUGAAUACACUCGCUAAUCAUAUCAUAGCACAGAGGGAAGCGUGCAUCUUAUGCUAGCUCACCUAGCAUCACUGAGCUAGCUAAUAUUACAGCUCAGCCAGGGAGUACACCAUUAAUGUUUACAUUUUGUGCUGUUAUGAGCACGAGCCUCUUGUUUAUGAGUAGAUGCACACUUCCUUCUUCAUGGAGUGCCAUGUAGUUCCAUGAUAUUGGAGAGAAGGCAGACAUUUCUAUAGCUAAACUAAAUUGAUAAAUAGCACUACAGGUAAGAGGAAAAAUGUGUAUUUGUGAUUUGGGGGUGAACUGUCUCUUUAAUCACAUUGCAGCAAGAUAUUUGGCAGUUGUUCCCUAAACAGUUACUAAAGCUUUGUUUGUUACAUAAGGACAAAUAAAAUGUAUCUGAUGUUAUCACUUAUCUGUCCCUUGAAGAUGGUCACUGGAAGGGAGUUUGUCACAAAACUAGACUAGAUUGUGCACAUGUAUGUUUACAAUUCUACAGCAACAGAGACUGAACUGCUUGACAAAAUGAUGUGUGCUUCAUUUGCAGCUUGGACUUCUCUGUAAAUAAAAGUUGUCUUUGCAUAUUUGCAUUGUCAUGGCAUAUUUAUUACAAGAGAAUAGGCAGU